AUGAACAUAAUGUCUAUUUAUUUUUCUAAUCACCUACCUGGUACUCAGAAAGCAAAGUCGUUCUUUGAACCCCAAAUUCCAGUGUCCAGUUUGCGCCAUCAACUGCGGUGA